AUGAAGAAAAAAAUGUAAAAAAUGCACAGGCAUAAAUUGAUAUAUGAGAAUGUAUUAAAAUAAGUGGAGAAGGAGGAUGUAUGAUAAUGAGUUAUAUAAAGGUUGCCUUUUUUAGUAAAUGUACAAAAUUUAGAGAUUAAGCACCUCAUCCAAUCACACUGAAUAGAGCUCUUUAAUUUUUAUGGUUAAAAGAGUAGGUAUAAUAUGAUUAAUUAAUAGUGUUUUAGAAGAUUGAUAGAAAGAUAGCAUUACAAUUUGGAUAGAGAAGAGUAUGUAAAAUAGACUCUACAAUGAAGUAUGAUGGCCCAUCAAGUGCUCGUAUAAUAAAGACAUCGAAGAUUGAUUAAGGGAUGAUAAAUGGUUGGCAUAAUGGUGCUGGAGAUUCUAAAUUUGAUUUAGGUCCAUUGUACAAUAUAAAAAGAUUAGAAAAAAAUGAAGAAGAAAUUGAGUAUUAAGAAUUGAUAAAGUAAGAAUAAUAGAGUCCAAGUGAGUAUAAAGUCAAGCUAAAUCAUUAANAUAUCAUAAAUAAAUAGUUUCUAAAUAUUUUUAUAUUAAAUUAAUAAUAUGGACUAAUAAGAAUAAACAUCAUUGGGAUUACUUGGAAUUCUUGAUAUUCGUUUGAUUGAUUAAUUAUCAAAAUACUUGAUUGCUCAAGAAGUGCUAAAUUUAGGUUUAACAAAUUCUUUUUUUAAAGAAACAUUAUUGAAUUUUAAGAGAAAGGAAGUUUCUAUUAAGAAAGAUGCAGUUGUAAGGAAUAGCGAAAUCUAAUUAUAUUUAGAAUUAGAUAUAUCAGAGAUAUGUGAUAAAAUAGAAGCAAUAAUGGCAAUAGUUGAAACAAAAGAUCAAGGAUGGGCUAGUGUAAAUAAAUAAAUUUAAAAAUUUUAGGCAAGUUACUCAACAUCUUGGGUAACUUUGACACUAUUUAAUAAAAAAGAGGAUUACGAUUCGCAUGGAGUUUGUCCAUAUGAGAAAAUAAUAUAUGAAAAUUAUAGAGAAAAACAAUAUAGAGAAAGAAAGUUAAAAAUUACAAAUGUUAUGGAAAAGGAUCCAAAGAAUAAAUAGCAAUAAACGACAUUAGUUGGAUUGUGUAGAAAGGGGGAAUUUUAAAAGUUAGGAAUAGUAUUAAAAUGUUAAUAUCCUGGUUGGGAAUGUUACAUGUAAAGUGGUUAGAUCAUAGUUUGGUAUAGAGAUUGAUUGAUGAUUAGAUAGGAA